CAAAAGUGAGCUUCGUUCAAUCAACAUCUACAACUGUCCUAAGAAAUAGAAAGAAAUCUCUACUCUGAAUGUUGAUAAUUUUACUGUAAGACCGUUUAUUUUAAUUCUGCGAUAUGGAAAAUAAUUCUGAGAAUCAAUUUAGAAAAGCAAAUAUGAUAGACGUACUGCCAGAAAGAGGUGAACAAGAAAAAGCCCUACCAGAAAGUUCUUUGAGAGAUGCUACGGAAACUAAAUAUGCUCCUGUAUAUAUUCAACCCAUCGAGGAUAAUGACGAACUUACACCCAUUCAAAAAUUUUACAGUGGUCAAAGUAUUUUUAUAACUGGUGGAACAGGAUUCAUAGGAAAGUUAUUAAUCGAGAAAUUGUUAAGAGAUUGUCCCGGUAUCACUUGCAUUUAUCUUUUGAUACGUACAAAAAAAGGAAAAAGUGUGCAUGAACGCAUGAAAGAACUAACUGAAAAUUCUUUAUUUUCCACUUUGAGAGAGAAACAACCGACAUUCCAGAAUCGUAUAGUACCAAUCAAGGGCGAUUGUACCUUGCCGAAUCUCGAUAUCUCAAUGGUCGAUAGAGCUACAUUAAUACGCGAGGUCUCAAUUAUUUUUCAUGUCGCCGCAACCGUUAAGUUCAACGAGAAAAUAAAAUUGGCGACAGAAAUCAACGUUCGAAGUGUAAAGGAUAUAAUAAAUUUGUCGAAAGAAAUGUCAAAACUGAAGAGUGUUGUGCAUAUAUCUACGGCUUACACCAAUUGUUUUCAUAUUCCACUUGAGGAGAAAUUUUAUGACCCACCGAUAGAUCCCGAUAAGUUAAUAAAUUUAGUGAACUGUUUAAAUGAAAAAUUGCUCGACAAUAUCACCCCACAAUUACUCGGAAUAUGGCCAAAUACUUAUGUUUAUACGAAAACAGCCGCAGAGAAUUUUAUAAAAAAGAAUGCUGACUCUAUACCGAUUGGAAUAUUUCGUCCAGGAAUUGUGAUAUCCACUUAUCGAGAACCCAUUCAAGGAUGGAUGGACAACGUGUACGGACCAACAGGAAUCGUAAAAAAUGUUUUUAUGGGUUUAAUGCGAAUUCUCCAUUGCGAUGGAUCGAUAAAUGUGGACUUGGUACCUGGAGAUUUGACCACCAAUGGAAUAAUUGCUAGCGCAUGGGGGAUUGCAAAUAAUCGAAAAUCCAAUGAAGAUAUUCCCAUUUACAAUUACGUAUCAAAGGACAAUCCAUUGACAUACGGCAGAUUUAUAGAAAUGAUAGUUUCGUAUGGAGAAUUGAUACCAUCUGAAAAGGCACUUUGGUGCCCCACCUUUAAAAUAACAAAAUAUCGGUUGAUUUAUUUUUUCUAUAUAUAUUUUGUACAUUUACUACCAGCUCUUAUAAUCGAUACAAUCUCUUUGUGCAGGGGUAAAAACCUAAGGUUACUCAGAUUGUAUAAUAAAAUUCACGAAAUGUCAGAUCUACUUAAUUAUUUUUGUAUAAACGAAAAAAAAUUUACGAAUGAAAGAUGGAACGAAUUGUUAAGGAAGUUGACGCCCGAAGAUCGUGAAUUAUUCUUUUGUGAUAUGAAGGAUCUCGUUUGGAAUACUUAUUUUGAAACAUACUUCACAGGUGUAAGAAAAUAUAUCUUAAAGGAUCCUAUUGAGACACUUCCACAAGCUCGUAUAAAAUGGCGAAGAUUUUAUUUGAUGCAUAAGGCAUUGAAACUUCUUAUCACCUGUGUCCUAUUUAUCGUCACAUGUACUGUGAUUUCCUGGCUGUUUGUAACGUUUGGAUCUCCGUAAAAGAAGCAAAAAUAAGCAAAAGAAUGAAGAAUAAUAAUAAUCAUAAUUUAGACUAUCGUCUAUGUAAGAAUCAAUAAUUUCUUGAAUGAAAAUAAAUCGAUAUUAAACGGUUUUUAUUCGUGAAAUCUCGGACAGAUGUUGGGGUUAGAACUUUUUCCUUAUAUACUAUACCAUCUAUUGCAUAUAAUAUAUAAUUAUUCUUUUAUAUUUAAUUUUUAUUAAAUGUUAAAUUGUGGCCAAAUGCUUAGCCAUGAGUUUCAUUCCCAAAAUUCUUUGAAAAGAUGUAUCACUUUUACUGGAUUUUCUCUUUCUUAGUAAAAAUUAAGAUAAAACGAAUAAGACAAUAAUUCAAAAUUCGUUCGACAAAUACGUAUUUCGAAAUCGUAACUACUGAGAUUUGUUGCCGAAAUACUUAUUAAUUCCGUAUCAUUUUUACUGGUAUAUUCAUUACUUUUUUGUGAAAUGUAUUCGCCAUACUGAUCUCAAAUCCCAAAAAUUUAACCGAAACGUUGAAAAUUAAUUUCUAAAUGUAUAGUUUUUGAUGGUUAUGGAUUGCGUACACUGACAGUUUAAACCUUCCGUGAUUGAGGGGAAAAGGCUAUCUACUUCUACUAAACUUUAUAGUUCAGUGCUACAGUGAGUACAUUCGAUAACAAUAUCUGUAUGUGACAUGAGCAUAAGGGAAGAAUGUUUGCUUCAAACAUUUAUAAUUGCGAUGAAAGGACAUCAA